AGCUGUUGUGGCCUUAGGAAAUGGUGGAUUGGCUGGCCCGCCUUAUCCCUUCAACCAUCUUCUGAAGAGAAGAUUUCUCCAUGAUUUGCCCUUAGGAAUAAGGCGACGUCUUUUGAGAAAAAUUGCCUUGUUCCUGCAUGGCGUUGCUCAAGAACUCUGCUGUAAUUCACAAGAGCCUCUUCUUCAAUUCCUCCGCUUCUUCUACUCAGAUGAUUUUACAAUGCCCUCCAUGCUUCACUGUGUACCAUUAUAGGAGGCGAAAUCAUUCUUCUCAGGCUAGGGCAGAGGCCUCUCCAUCAACCGAAGAACACGGUUGUUUCUUAGAGAGACCUGGGAGGCGCCAGGCACUUUCACUAGGAGCAAUGGUUGCCUUAUCACUUAUCCAAGCCAAUCCUGCAUCUCUUGCAGCAGAGGUCAAAAAAGGAUUUCAAUUUGUUUCAGAUAAAAAGGAUGGAUACUCGUUCCUCUAUCCUUUUGGAUGGCAGGAAGUUGUUGUCCAAGGUCAGGACAAGGUUUUUAAAGACGUUAUUGAACCCUUAGAAAGUGUCAGCGUUAACAUGAUCCCAACUAGCAAACAAGAUAUUCGAGAGCUUGGAUCUCCACAAGAGGUUGCUGAGGCUUUGAUAAGACGGGUGCUAGCACCACCCUCACAGAAAACAAAGUUGUUGGAGGCAUCAGAGCAUGAUGCUGAUGGGAAAGCAUAUUACAUCUUUGAGUUCACAGCUCAAGCACCAAACUUCACCAGGCAUGCUCUUGGCACAAUUGUUAUAGCAAAUGGCAAGUUUUACACCCUGACUACUGGCGCCAAUGAAAGAAGAUGGGAGAAGAUGAAAGAUAGGUUGCACACUGUUGUGGAUUCCUUCAAAAUUGAUAAAUUAUAGAGAGUGAAGGUGCUGUUGCCAAGUUCUUGGCUCUGCCACUACAGGCUUUUAAUUUCUUCAUUUCAUUGCUUAAUUCAACUCUUGUUCUUGUUUUCCAAGGUAACCAUCUUCUUCCCUGUGUUAUGCUGCCUACAUUUAAAUCGUGUUUGUAGACAUGAUGCCUUCUCUUUAUGAUCAUUUGCUUCAAUGAUUAACAGAGCUCUUUUCUAGAAGUCUAUUAACCACA